CAAAGUCUCUAAAUCUCACUCUGAAAUCUUAAACAAAUACAUCAUUUUGUUUCAUUAACUCUUCACAAUGAUUGCCACUAAAAUUGUAACAAGAAAAAUUCGCUUCGUUCAUCAAUUCUUCUUUCUCCACUCGCUGCAGUGGUGAUUCACCAGAGGUAACUGAAAGUCCAGUUUUUGCGCAGAUCUCCCCUGAAAUAACCACUACGGCGUCCUGAACCAGAGUUGCAGUUAACGCACACAGUCACACACUUCCCUGGAAAUGGCGAGGAGCUACGUCACGGAGGAUGCGCAGUUAUCGAGGUUCGGCGUGCUGGUGGCGCAACUUGAAUCAAUCGUGGCGUCCGCAGCCCACAAGCCACCUGAUGGACUCCUCUGUUUCGAUCUUCUAUCUGAUCUCAUCUCUGCCAUUGAAGAGGAGCCCAAGGAAUCUGUAAUGCUGUGGCAAAGAAAAUGUGAGAAUGUACUUUAUUCUUUGCUGGUGCUGGGCGCUCGUAGGCCUGUGAGGCAUUUGACAUCUGUGGCAAUGGCAAAGAUUAUAUAUAAGGGCGAUUCAAUUUCGAUCUACUCUAGAGCAAGCAGCCUUCAGGGAUUUCUUUCCGAUGGCAAGAAGGGAGAGGCUCAAAGAGUUGCUGGUGCUGCACAAUGCUUGGGAGAAUUGUACCGCUAUUUUGGGAGACGGAUUGUCUCUGGAUUACUUGAAACAACUAGUAUCGUUGCUAAGCUACUAAAAUUUACUGAGGAUUUCGUGAGGCAAGAGGCUCUGCACAUGCUUCGUAAUGCUUUGGAGGGUUCUGAUGGGAGUGCUGCUUCGGCAGCCUAUAUUGAGGCCUUCCGAAUAAUUACAAGGACUGGAGUAGGCGACAAGUCUUUAAGCGUUAGAGUAGCUGCUGCUAGAUGUCUGAAGGCGUUUGCAAAUAUUGGCGGGCCAGGCUUGGGGAUCGGAGAACUUGAGAAUUGUUCGUCUUACUGUGUGAAGGCCCUUGAGGAUCCAGUGAAAUCUGUAAGGGAUGCAUUUGCUGAAGCUUUAGGCGCAUUGCUGGCUCUUGGAAUGAAUCCUGAUGCACAGGUGAAACCAAAAGGAAAAGGACAUUCUACUGUUAAGAUGCAAGAAGGGUCUUUGCAGAAGCACUUAGCGAUGCCAUUUGCUAAAGUUGGUGGACCUCGUUUGAAGGACUUACGGGUUGGCAUCUCCUUGUCAUGGGUCUGUUUUUUACAGGCAAUGUGCUUAAAGUAUCUACACCCAGACAGCGAGCUAGAAAACUAUGCUCUUCAGGUUAUGGAUAUGCUACGGUCCGAUACAUCUAGUGAUGCUCAAGCACUGGCUUGUGUGCUAUACAUUAUGCGAGUCGGUAUAACUGAUCAAAUGAGUGAACCCACUCAGAGAAGCUUUUCUGUCUUUCUUGCCAAACAGCUUUUAUCUUCUGAUUCCACUCCAUUCAUUCGAGUAGUGGCAUUAAGAACUCUGUCAUAUGUUUUGAAAACACUUGGAGAGGUUCCAUUGGAAUUCAAGGAAGUUCUUGAUGAUACAGUAGUUGUGGCGCUAACACAUGAUUCACCUCUGGUAAGGGUUGAAGCUGCCUUGACUCUCCGUGUGCUGGCCGAGGUUGAUCCCUCCUGUGUUGGUGGCUUGAUUUCUUAUGCAAGGACAACGCUUGGCGCAGCAAGAGAAAAUGUCUCAUUUGAGAAGGGCUUUCACUUCAAAAGGGAGAUUGAGUCUCUACAUGGGCAAGCAGCAGUUGUGGCAUCACUUGUUUCAAUAUCAUGGAAGUUACCUCUCGGAUAUCCAACCAGAUUGCCUCAAUCCGUGCUCCAAGUUUGCAAGAACCUGUUGAUGGAUUCUAGCAGGAAUCCUGUGGCAGCUGCUGUUGAGAAAGAAGCUGGAUGGAACCUUUUGUCUUCACUAUUAACUUCUAUGUCAAAAGAGGAGCUUCAUGAUCAAGCUUUUGAUAUUCUUGCUUUAUGGGCUUCCACAUUUAGUGGAAAUCCAAAACACCACAUAAGUCAAACCAAUGAUCUCACAUCUGAAAUAUGUGUGUGGUCUGCUGCUGUCGAUGCCCUUACUUCAUAUGUGAAGUGUUUUGUUUCCUCUGACCCUGUGAACAGAAGAAUCCUGCUGCAGCCAGUUCUUUUGUACUUGAAUAGGGCAUUGUCGAAUGCUUCACAGCUAGCUGGUAAAGAACAAGCAGGAGGAAAAUCUUCAGUUGACUUAUUUAUUCUCCGGGUGGUGAUAGCAUAUGAAGCUCUUUCAGACCCAUCUCUCUACAAAAGUGACCAUGUGCAUAUCAUUCAGAUAUGCACUACUCCUUUUAGGGAAGCUUCCAAAUGCGACGAAAGCUCUUGCCUGAGGUGGUUGUUGGACAAGAGAGAUGCCUGGUUAGGUCCUUGGACUCCUGGAAGGGAUUGGUUUGAAGAUGAACUUCGUUCUUUUCAAGGGGGAAAAGAUGGCAUAUUGACAUGUGUUUGGGAGAAAGAGCCUCCUAGUUUCCCUCAGCCUGAGACUACAAGUAAGAUGCUGGUCAAUCAGAUGCUCCUCUGCUUUGGGAAUAUGUUUGCUUCUCAGGAUAGUAGUGGGAUGCUGUCGUUUAUUGGCAUGAUCGAUCAGUGUCUGAAAGCUGGAAAAAAACAAGCUUGGCAUAUGACAAGUGUUACCAAUAUAUGUGUGGGGUUAUUAGCUGGCCUGAAGACUUUGCUUGCUCAACGUCCUGAACCCCUGGGAAUGGAGAUACUAAGUGCUAUUCAGGCUAUUUUCCAGAGUAUUUUGGCUGAAGGUGACAUUUGUGCAUCACAACGUAGAGCAUCAUCAGAAGGUCUUGGUUUAUUAGCGAGGCUGGGAAAUGAUAUAUUUACAGCCAGGAUGACAAAACAACUUCUUGGCGAUAUUACCAGUGGUAUAGAUUCCAACUAUGCUGGAUCAAUUGCUCUUGCUCUUGGCUGCAUUCAUCGCAGUGCAGGAGGAAUGGCAUUGUCAAGUUUAGUUCCCAGUACAGUAAAUAUUGUCUCUGCGCUUGCUAGAAAAUCAAUUUCAAGUCUACAGAUUUGGUCCUUGCACGGACUUCUUUUGACCAUUGAAGCGGCAGGCCUCUCCUACGUAUCUCAGGCUCAGGCAACACUCGGCCUUGCGAUGGAAAUUAUCCUGUCUGAAGAGAGUGGUUGGGUUGAUUUGCAGCAGGCAGUGGGCCGCCUUAUUAAUGCUAUUGUUGCUAUUAUAGGUCCAGAACUUGCUCCUGGGAGCAUUUUCUUCUCACGCUGCAAGUCGGCUGUUGCUGAGAUCAGUUCGUCACAAGAAACGGCAACACUUCUCGAGAGUGUGCGUUUCACACAACAGCUUGUUGUUUUCGCACCACAAGCAGUUACUGUUCAUACUCAUGUGCUAACUCUCCUUCCUACUCUGUCCUCAAGACAGCCAACUCUGAGACAUCUGGCUUUGAGCACUCUGCGUCACCUUAUAGAAAAAGAUCCGGUUUCCAUAAUUGAUGAACAAAUAGAAGAAACCUUGUUCCAUAUGUUGGAUGAGGAAACUGAUACAGAAAUCGGCAAUUUAGCACGUGCCACUAUUAUGAGAUUGCUUCAUGCAUCAUGCCCUUCACGUCCGUCCCAUUGGCUGUCAAUAUGCCGUGACAUGUUGGUUUCAUUUAUGGACAUGCGUAAAGAAUUGGGUUCCCAGGCUGAGAUUCUUUCUACAACUUCAAGAUAUAAUACAAGCAAGAGUAAUAAUAGGGUGAAUGAUUCCUCAACUGGUCUGGAUGGUGAGAACAGUUUGGAUAUUGGGAAUGAUGAUGAGAACAUGGUCUCUAGCUCCGGAGGUGUAUCAUUUCGCAGUUAUAAGCUCGACUACUCCAGUCCUAUCUUCUCAAGGGAUAAGCAUCUCAGAUAUAGAACAAGAGUUUUUGCUGCUGAGUGCUUAAGUCAUCUUCCUGAAGCUGUUGGAGAAAAUCCUGCUCAUUUUGACCUCUCAUUAGCAAGGAGACAGUCUGCUAAGGGGCGCCUUUCUGGGGACUGGCUGGUUCUUCAAUUGCCAGAACUCAUCUCUCUUGCUUAUCAGUUUGCCGCAGUUUCAGACCCCGAGCUUCCUGAUCACCUACUUUUGGAACAGUAUCAGGCCCAGCUUGUGUCUGCUGUUCGAAGUUCAUUGGACUCCUUUUCAGGCCCAACUUUACUGGAAGCUGGUCUGCAACUAGCCACUAAGAUGCUAACAAGUGGGAUUAUUAGUAGAGAUCAAGCUGCAGUCAAGAGAAUAUUUUCUUUGAUUUCACGUCCACUAGAUGACUUUAAAGACCUUUACUAUCCAUCAUAUGCCGAAUGGGUCUCAUGCAAGAUCAAAGUGAGGCUCCUCACUGUCCAUGCUUCUCUUAAGUGCUACAUGUUUGCAUUCUUAAGCAAACAAGGCGGUGAAGUUCCUGAUGAGUAUGUAUCUCUACUGCCGUUGUUUGCAAAGAGUUCAAGCAUUCUGGGGACAUACUGGCUGUCAUUUUUGAAGGACUACAUCUUUGUACGCUUCCACUUGCAUUUAGGAGAUUGGAGACCACUGCUUGAUGGUAUUCAGUCAUCAAGUGUUUCAGUUGAGUUGCAGCCGUGCUUAGAAGAAGCUUGGCCUGUAAUUUUGCAAGCUUUGGUGAUGGACGCAGUACCUGUGGAUUGUAAUAUGAAUGGAUCUUCUCCAACAAAUGGAUCAAAAGAUAUUCCUACUUCUGGGUACAGCAUGGUGGAAUUGCAGUUGGAUGACUUUCAGUUUCUAUGGGGUUUCUCUCUCCUGGUUCUAUUUCAGGAGCAAGAUGUUAUUCUUGGCAGAAAUAUUAUACCAGUUAUCAAAUCCAAGUUCAGUAGUGACUUCCUAGUUGAUGAUUCCAUUUCUUUAUCUUCAGAGUUAAACAACAUUUUCUUCCCUGUGUUUAAAUUUAUGUCCACGGAAAGGUUCUUCAGUUCUGGAUUUCUCACCCUGGAUGCUUGUAGAGAGUUAGUGCAGUCAGUUUCUGUAGGGAAGGAGGGUUUACUUUCUUGCUUUCUAGUUAAAUCUGUAAUAGAGCUUCUUGUUCCAGUUGGUCAGAUAGCAUGCAAUCAAAGGCAAAAAUCAAGCCUUAAAGUUCAUAAUACUACCAUUUCCAGAGAAGAUACGUGGGAUUGUCUGGCAAUCUUUUUUAUAUCUCAGGUUGUUCAAAACUGUCCGAAACAUUUCCUUGAAAUGGACGACUUUUCAUAUUUGGUGAUGGAACUAUGUUUGUCAUCUGUUUUCAAGUUCUUAUCAAGCAGUGAUAUACGUGAUCGACAUCCCUCAAGCUUGGAAAAAAAUAUUUCUGUUGCACUAACCACUGCAUCAAUAUUAUUGGAACGCUAUAAAGUUCAGAUGCAGCUAAAAUUCUUCUUGCCUCUUCUCUUGAUUGGUUACAAGUGCAUUGGAGAAUCAUCGUCCGACGUACCUCUAUCAAGAGCUAACAGUUUUGUCCAGUCUAUUUUUUCCUUACUAAAGAGAGUUGGAAACUCAGAACUUGAUCCAGAUUGUCGUACUCAAUUGGUUUCAAUAAUCCGAGAAUGCCUCAAUGCAACAGCGAGUCUGACUAAUGAGUGUGUCCAGGCAAUUCAUCAACUGGAAAAUAAGUCUGAAUCACGAAAGAUGCUGCUCUUGAAACUUGCCUAUUCUGUUGAACAAUUAUUUUCAUUUGCUGCUCUAGCUUUUGCAUUGGAAGGUCCUGGAGAGAACCAAGAAAGUAAUCCCGUUUUGUAUAGAGUACUACAUCUUAGCAUUCAGUCUAUCCAAGCUGUUCUUGCUGAUUCUAACAUACAGGUGCAAGUAGUUGGUUUGCAAGUUAUGAAAGUCAUGCUGCAAAAAGGAAUUGGUGCAGAAUCUAAUUCUUUUUUAAUAUUUUUUCUUGGAGAGCUCAUGGAAGACUUAUUCAUCAUAUUGACGAAAAUUCUGAGGAACACAAUUACCAGAGAAGCAGUUGCUAUCUCGGGGGAAUGUUUGAAGAUCUUAAUGCUUCUGCAGACAUUGUCAAAAGGCACCUCUUAUCAAAAGGGUCUAUUACAUCUUCUUUUGGAGGCUAUCCUCUUGAUUUUUUCUACAUCUGAUGAUUCUCAAGAAGCUAAUGAAUUACGUGAGAUAGCUGUGGCACUUGUUUCACAACUGGCUCAAAUUUCUACUUCACCAGCUUUCAUCAAGGAUAUUCUGUUAUCCAUGCCUUCUGCACAAAGACAGCAGCUUCAGGACAUAAUACGUGCUUCCGUGGUUCAAGACAAAAACCCAAAGCCACUGUCCUCUUCUGUACCACCCUUGGUGAUCAAGUUACCCACACAGACUGAACAAAUUGAAGAAAAGCACUCAUCCCCAAUAAAUCCUCCAAAGGACUCUAAUGUCAGUAUUUCUGAAGAAAGCCAAGACGAAGAUGAGGACGAUGACUGGGACACCUUCCAAUCCUUUCCCGCCUCAGCAAGUGAAAAUGCUCCACCUCCAGAAAAAACACUCCCCUCCACCUCAGAUAAUUCCAAUAAUGAAGACUACUAUGAAGAAUACUCUGUAUCCCCAUCUUUUAGCAAUGAGGAAAAGAAUCCUAUCAUCGAAGAGCAUAAGUCCGUUGAAACUCUCACGGCAGAUGGGCCCACCGAUCCAAACCCUGAAGAUAGUUAUAUCAGUGGCGGUGGUCAGGAAACUGAAGGAGUAGUUUCAGGUCUAGCAGAUUUUAAGGAGUUGCCUGACUUUCAAGUGGAGGAAGAACCCAGUGAAUAUUCUGGCGACGAUGUAGAGAAAACAGAAAUGGGACCAACAAAAGUUUCGGGCCUUGCGGAUGAUGAGCUGUUGUCAGAUUUUAACCGUGUGGAUAGCACGGAAGUCGUGGUACGUGAUGACAGUCCAUUUGACGAGCAUCACGCAUUUGACCAAGGUUUGACUGCUGAUCCAUCGAGGGAACGUGUAAGUAUCCCUGACUAUGGCAAAGUUAUUGAAAAAGAAGGGCAGGUGGUAUCAACAGAUGAUCCUGAAGUAAAAACGAGUUCCAUCAGUGAGGAUCCUGGUUCGGUGCAUUAUGUAGUUAUUACGCACGUGCAAUCUGGUGUGUCUGGUGGAGAUGAUUCAAUAAACAGUGACAAGUACGGAAGUUUUGCUAGUGAGCGAGUAAAAGAGUUGUAUUUCUGCAACUUGCAUGUGAUGAAUGUUGAGAUUCCAGUGGUCGACGGUGCCGGCUUGGGGAGGAACUCGUCGCUGGGGCUCGCUGUCGAUAGGCUGAGAAAUCGAGUAGUGGCCAUAGCCGAUGUGAUUGGGAAUAAGUACAGCGCCAUGGAGGCCUACGAUUUGACCAUGUGGGAUCAACUUUUUCUCAGGCACCUCAGCGGACCAGUGAUAAUAUGGAAAAUGUUUGAUUUCGCCCUCAACUAA